UGUGUUAUUCAAAGUUUUUUGUUCUAGUAGAAGGCAAAAGCUUAAAAUGUUCAAACAAAUUAUAUGUAUAUCUUCGAUAUUUUGAUAUUGGUAUUUUUGCCAUAUGUUUGCAGCCAACAACUUGUCUUUAUUAGAACCAAACAUUCUGUAUCUGGAGGAUAAGCCGCCAAAAAUUUGUAAAACUAAAAGAAAAGUUACAAAUAAAAAAUCCCUGAAAAAGGCUACAAGCAAAACUAAACAAAAACUUCCAAUAACUUCAAAAAAAAGAUCAACUAAAAUUAAACAAGAUUAUAUUAUAAAAAAAGAAUUGUGUGUACUUGAUGAACAGGAUGAAAUAAUGGAGAAUAAUGAUCCUAAUGAUCCUUUAUAUACUGCAAAAUUGGAAGUGAAAUCUGAAGAAAAUGACAGCAUACAAUACGAAUGUGAAACCGAUGAACAGGAAAAUUGUGAUAAUGAUAAAGACUAUAAUUAUGAACAGGACAUGUUUGAAAGUAAAUUGGAAAAGUAUAAAGAUGAAUGUGACGAUAGCACUGAAAGUGAAAAUGAAGAUGAACCGUUGAUUGUACUUUCACGACGUAGGGGUAAAUAUCGUAAGAAAAUAGGCAAUGAAGAUAACAAAAUUCCUCGUAGGGUUGUAUGUGGAGGAUUAUGUAAACAACAUUGUACAGAGAAAUUUACCGAGGAACAGCGAAAGAAUAUUUGUGAUUACUUUUGGAGUUUAAACGAAGACAAUAGAUUGACUUUCAUACGAAAACAUGUUAAAGCCAGAUGUUUGACACGCACAAAGCGUGUAAAAGACAAAGAAAUUCGUGCUAACAACUUGCGCUAUUACCUCAAGGCUUAUAAAAUUGGCAACGAAGAAGUUAAUACAUCGGAUGAUCUAAUUACAGUUUGUCCAAAAUUCUUUAAAGCCACCUUGUGUACUACCAGCAAUUUCAUUAAAAUGGUUAAUGAAGCCACUGUAUUGGAAAUCGAAAAAGAAUUGCUAUUGCUCAGUCAGAAAAAGGCUAUGGAAAAAGAGAAACCCCGGGAACCACAACAAAUUUUAGAUCCAGAAACGGGAAAUUUAACGGUAGCCACUAAUCUCAGAACACAGAAUGUAUCUCAUGAAAAGAAAAAACACAUAAGACGCAAACCGGGAGAUCCAAAACCUGAGCACUUUCCGAAGUCAAUAAAUUGCGUUGUACGUUGUAUACAUAAAUGUCAUACAAAAUUCACCGAAGAAGAACGAAAGCAAAUUUGUGACCUUUUCUGGUCUAUGGACUAUAAAAGGCGCAAAGACUUUGUUCUGGCCGCUAUAGAAGUAAAGGAUGUGGAAAACCCAACAACACCUGAUUUUCGUACAUCUUAUCGACCACCACGGACCCAACAAAGGCGUUACUUUUUGCGCUCUGGUGGCAUGCGUGGAGAAAAUUUGAGAGUUUGUAAACAUUUCUAUAUUAGAACUCUUUGUAUCAACAGUAAUUUCAUCGAUAACGCUGUAAAAUUUGCCGAUAAAACAACCGGCUGUUACACAGGUGCUGAUCGACGCGGUGGUCAUACUCCCAAUGAAAAAACCGAGGCCCGUAAACAACGCGUAUUGACACAUAUCAAUUCGUAUGCCUAUUGGAUACCAAACAAGAAAACUAAAACCAAAUACCUUCAUCAUUCCCUCAGCAUAAAGAAAAUGUAUGACGACUACAAGGAAAAAUGUUUGGCAGAAAAAAUACAAUACGUCUCCACAUUCUACUAUUACACUGCAUUUCAUGACCAUUUUAAUUUAUUAUUCCUGGCGAAUCCACGUCCCAGAAAAGGAUGUGCUUUACAAAAAGGAAAUCCGACUAUAUCCCAUUACACAGGUGAAGAACCUGGAGGAUGUUGGAUUGAUAGUAAAGGUAAUAAGUUGGACUUGCGAUCAAUUGAUCCUGCACGAAGCUUAAACCGCCAAUGCAAUUCCACUGAAGAUCUAUCGGAAAAUACUUUUUCAGUACUUCCUCAUCAGCCGUUAAAUCUACAAAGUUCGACUUCGUUAAUGCAGCCUAAUCCAACUGCGCAAUCACUUACAGUGGUUAGAUCAGAAUUGAAUACUAAUCUUUAUGGAAAUCUAAUUCAAGAUUCAAUUAAUGUGUUUAAAAUGCUUUAGUUUUAAGUGCUUUAAAAUAAAUUUUAAAUACAUUUAGUAAAUAAUAAAAAAAUUAAUUAUAAAUAAAUCUAGGGAAACACAAAGGGUUAUGAUUGUAGAAAUGAAAUUAUUGUUGUCAAACAUUAGGUCAUACGGAUAGUUGAGUUUUGAAUUCACUAAUUGAUUGUGAAGUGUGACAAUUCUCAAACAUUAAUCUAAAGCUAUUUUUUUAAAUUUAAUUAAAUGAAUAAAUGUGUAAUAAUAAUAUCAGUCUAACAUGCAAAGAAAAUUUGCAAAUUGCCAAUUCAUAUCUCCGAAUUUUGAUAAUGUGCUUUUUGCCAUAUGCUUGCAGCCAACAACUUGACUGUAUUAGAACCGAACAUUCUGUAUCUGGACGAGAAGCCGCCAAAAAUUGUUAAAA